AUGGGACGCCGAAGCCGAUGGGAGCUGAGCCGCAUCGCCGCUGGAUGCCGUGGCCGGCUGGCCGCCGGCCUUCAAGGAGUCGCAGGUGCAGCCGUGCAGGCCAUGACUCAUUGACUCCCAAGGCCCAAACCCAUGUAACGCAAAUACGGCCCAAUUAUCCAUUCACCAGCCUAGCUCGUUUAUCUUCUUCCUCCGCCAACACAACUCUCUCUCUCUCUCCCUCUCUCUCAAUGGCGGGCUGGCCGCAGCCGCUGCUGCCCGGGGCAUCCUAAGGGCAAGGCCUCCUUUGCUAACACACCGGCCGACCCGCGUUUGUUUUAGCUCCGCCCCUGCUCCCAGCCCCCCGUGGUGCCGUCCCAGCCUCACGCACCACGAAUCCUACCCCAUCCCGCGGGGCCGCACGUCCCUGCACCACCGAAGCCGUAGCUGCAGCCGCGCCUCGUAGGUUCCGGCGUUCCGCCACCCGUUGGCGGUGAAAGAGAUCACCCACCACGCGGUCCGAGGUUCUCGCCGCCGCCCGCCCGCCGUCUCGGCCGUGAACGUGAACCUGCGCCGAACACCGGGUGGAUAACGGCAGGGCGAGAUGCUGAUCCCGUGCGAUUGCUUCCUCCAUGUUCCUGCACUGCCACUGACUCCAUUACAGAAUUCUACAGCUUCGGUGCCCUGCAGAGAUAAAGGCCUCACUUUGCAGAUCAACUCUGUAUAUGCACCAGCUAGAACCUAUGAAAUUUGCCCGGAAUUGACAGUUACAUGCAUGGUUGCCAGACAGACUGGCAAAGGGAAGAAGAAAGGCAACUGGAUCCAUUACAGUGGGUCGCUUCCAGCAAUGCUGAAGGCACUGGAUGAUGUCCAGGAUGUCGGGGAAGCGCUCUGGCCAUGGAAGGACACACUGAGCAACCAGGAGAGGACGAUUCUCCUCAAGGAGCAGAAAGAUUGGAGACGGGCUGUUGAGAUCUUUGACUGGUUUCGCAGGGAGAGGGGCCAUGAGCUCAAUGUGAUUCACUACAAUGUUAUGCUAUGUACAGUUGGGCGAGCCAGGAGAUGGGAUCUCGUUCUUAAUCUGUGGCAUGAGAUGCAUUCCUGUGGUGUGGCACCAGACAACUCGACAUACGGUACAUUGAUCGAUGUAUGUUGCAAAGGGGGAAGAGAACAUGCGACUUUGCUUUGGCUCGGGGACAUGUGCAAGCGGGGUUUGAUUCCUGAUGAGGUCACUAUGAGUAUCGUGCUGCAGGCGCUUAAGAAGGCUGGAGAGUAUGAAAUGGCCGAGCUUUUAUUCAGAAAGUGGUCCUCAGACUCAAGUGGAAGGAUGGAGGGACACCCUCGCUACAGCUUGUACACUUACAACACCUUGAUUGACACUUAUGGAAAAGCCGGUCAACUUGAGAAAGUAUCAGAUACAUUCAAUCAAAUGUUGAAAGAAGGAGUUGCGCCAAGUGUUAUUACUUUCAACACAAUGAUUCAUGUUUGGGGUAAACACCAUAGAAUAGAGCGAGUUUCUUCUUUGGUGAGGAUGAUGGAGGAAUUCCAGUGCUUUCCUGACACUAGGACUUACAAUAUACUGAUCUCACUGUACAGAGAAAUCAACGAUAUUGAUGUUGCAGAGUACUACUUCUGGAAGAUGAAGGCAGAAAAUUUGGUACCAGAUGUAGUGAGCUGCCGCACACUCUUAUAUGGAUACUCUAUCAGGGGCAUGGUCACUAAAGCGGAAGCCCUUCUAAAAGAAAUGGAUGAGAGGGGCUUUUUGAUAGAUGAAUACACACAAUCAGCUUUGACGAGGAUGUAUGUAAGUGCUGGGAUGCUUCAGCAAGCAUGGCAUUGGUUUGACAGAUUCCAUCACCAGAUGAAUUCUGAUUGCUUUUCUGCAAAUAUUGAUGCAUUUGUUGAGAAAGGAUACAUAGUUCUUGCAGAGAAGGCUUUUAUAUGCUGCCUAAAGAAGAAGAUGCUCAGUGUUUCUGUCUGCAAUGUUAUGAUCAAAGGAUAUGGGUUGGUAGACAAGCUAGAUGAGGCAUGUGAGGUAGCUGAUGGCAUGGAGAGGUAUGACAUUUUACCUGAUUACGUGACAUACAGUUCUCUCAUUCAACUUCUGUCAACAGCUAAACUGCCAAAGAAGGCUCUUCACUACUUGAAAAAAAUGCAAGCAGUAAAACUGCUGUCAGACUGUGUUCCAUACUCUGUGGUAAUUAAUAGCUUUGCUAAAAAUGGUGAUUUAGGAAUGGUUGAAUACCUAUUUAGAGAAAUGAUCACUUCAGGGAUCCGUGCUGAUGUUUUCCUCUACUCUAUUUUAAUUGAUGCUUUUGCUGAAGUUGGAAAGGUCCAACAAGCUGCAGCAUAUUUUGGUUUGAUGAAAAAAGAUGGCUUAUGUGAGAGUGCUACAAUCUACAAUUCUUUGAUUAAGCUCUAUACAAAGUGAUCAUUGUAUGGUGAAAGAAGCACGUGAGAUUUUUGAAAGUUUGAAGGCCAGGGGAAGCGCUAAUGAAUUCUCAUACGCAAUGAUGGUGUGUUUGUACAAGAAAAUUGGUCGCUACGAUGUAGCGCACAGGAUUUG